GUGCAUAGAUAUAUGAAAAAAUACAUUCAGCUUGUGUGUAUGUAUUAAGAUAUAUAUAUAUAUAUAUAUAUAUAUGUAUUUGGGGAAUUUGAACAACAACAAGCAACAGUUUAGUGUAGGUGAGUGUGCGCGCACUUCUGUGUUUGUGAGAUAGAGAGAGAGAGAGAGAGAGAAAGAGUAAGAGUGGGAGAGAGAGAGAGAGAUAAGCAAGAAAAGGCGGCCAAGAGUCUGUUAGUUUUUUUUCUUCUUCCUCCAGCCCGCUAACAACGGUCUUUUGUUGUCGUCUUAUGUUCUUCUUGUUUGUAAGAUAUUGUUUCUCGUUUUCCUUUACUUUCUUUUUAAAUCUAUUUCAUAUCUGUUAUUAUGGGGGGGGAUUUAGAUUCGAUGUCGUCCUUUUCGGUUAACUGAUGGAAAUAUUUUUCUCUGGUCCUAUUAUGAUGCUGCUAUAAAAAUGCGGAGCCUCUAGGCAAAUUAGGAACUCUUUACCUGUUGCUCCAUUCACACUCUCACACGCACCGUACAUUAAUACAGAGUGGAGAGGACGACGCACAGUUUUUAUAUUAUUUAUGAGAAAUCAACCUCAACAAAGCUUUUAUACAUAUCUUUUUUUUUUCAACAACACUAUUCGCCGUCAUCAACGAACGUAGCAAGUGCUCGCUAUAUAUAUAUAUAUAGCGAGCAUAUAUAUAUAUAUGUAUAUCAUGUAUUAUGUAUGGAUGGGUGUUUUAAGUUUGAAUGUUCAGGAAAGGAAAACAAAUAUUUGACAUUGGAAAGACUAAAAGGAAUACUCAUAAAAUUGUAUCCGAACCAAUUCCAAAUAACCCUAGAGGAGAAAUAAUAACUUUGAGAAGAAAAAAAAGCCUCUUUUAGCCAAACAUGGCUGGUAUUCCCCUCAGUAUGCCUAAUGGAAUGGGGAACGAUAUCAAUACAGUUCUUCGGGACUUGGAACGUGGAUUAGUGGUCGGUUUAUUCUUCCCAAGGAAGAAACCUGAGAAACGAACCUUGAGCGUUAGACUGGAAACUCGACAAUUAAUUUGGGUUAAAACUUUAGGAAGCCGACCCGAAGGAACAGUUGACUUGAGGGAAGUGAAAGAAAUACGACCCGGAAAAAACUCCAAAGAUUUUGAGAAAUGGGCUGAUGAAGCUAGAAAAGCAGACAAGAAUUUGUGCUUUGUGAUAUUUCAUGGAUCGGAAUUUAAACUCGCAACAUUAUCUAUUGCUGCCUCCAACAAAGAUGAAUUCCGGAAAUGGUUGAAGGGUUUGAACCAUCUGGUACAAGACACACAAAAUGCUUCUUACCAACUCCAAGUUGAAAGAUGGCUUCGAAAAGAAUUCUACCUCAUGGAAAAAUUGGGUACAUACGUAGUAACACAGAAACAUCUAAAAGGAUGGAUGUUACGAAUAAAUUAUAAAAUUGCCAGCAAUAAACUAAGAGACAAAUUUCAAGAAGUCGAUAAAAAUGGUACUUGUUCUAUAGGAUUUGAAGAAUUUGCAGCCCUGUUCCGUAACUUAAUUCAUGUGCCAUCUAUUAUCACAGAAAGGUUCUCCAAUUAUUUUGAAUUCAGUGGCAAUAUUAGGACCAUGUCACCUGAAAAUUUUCAACUAUUUUUGCUACAAGAACAAAGAGAUUCAAGUGCCAAUGAUAUCAAUGUUGUGAAAGACAUCAUGAAAACUCACCUGGACGAUGCAGUGAGAGCAGCUGCUGAGCCUUAUUUUACUGAACAAGAGUUUGAAGAUUAUUUAUUUUCUAAACCAAAUCAAGUUUGGGACACAAAAUAUGACAAAGUGACGCAAGACAUGAACCACCCUUUGUCUCACUAUUGGAUUGCUUCUUCUCAUAACACUUAUUUAACCGGUUGUCAAUUAAGGAGUGAUUCAUCUGUGGAAGCCUAUGCCCGGUGCUUGAGAAUGGGUUGUCGGUGUAUUGAAUUGGAUUGUUGGGAUGGCCCUGAAGGUUACCCACACAUAACACAUGGCCUUACAUUAACCAGUAAAAUAAAAUUCCUUGAUGUCCUCAAAACUAUUGCUGAGCAUGCCUGGGUGACAACAGAUUACCCCCUGAUUUUAUCAAUAGAGAAUCACUGUACACUCCCACAACAACGGAAGAUGGCAAUGGCUUUCAAAGACAUGUUCCGGGAUGACUUACUUGUUGAUUUUAUUGACAAAGAUGAAACGCAAUUACCCUCCCCUAAUCAACUACGUAAAAAGAUCCUUCUGAAGAACAAAAAAUUGCAAAAAGGUGCAGAAGAAUGUGUAGUUAAUGCAGAUGAUAAUAACAUUGACGCUGAUCUGAGUAAUUCUGUAAAGAAUGGUAUCAUGUAUCUUGAAGAUUCCAUAGAUCAUGUUUGGCAUCCACAUAUAUUUGUAUUAACCACAACCAAAUUGCUCUACGCUGAAGAUCCAUCAGCAGCAGAACAAGAUGAAGACCAAGAGGAUGAAGAGAACAGUUUAUGUGCUGAGAACUGUUCUAGUGAUGAGCUUCACUUUGGUGAAAAAUGGUUCCAUGGGAAACUGGAAGGUGGGCGGCACCGUGCUGAAUGGUUACUACAUCAAUACAAGUCUUUAGGUGAUGGCACAUUUCUUGUUCGGGAAAGUGAAACUUUUAUCGGAGAUUUUUCCCUUUCAUUUUUACGGAAAUCCAAUGUGAAUCAUUGUCGUAUCAAGUCAAAGCAGGAUCGUGGCCAGCUGAAGUAUUACUUGAUUGACACAUUGUUGUUUGACAGUUUGUACUCACUAAUAACCUAUUACAGACAGAAUCCACUCCGCAGCUCUGACUUUGAGCUCACUCUAAAAGAACCCAUUCCACAGCCACAGUGCCACGAGGGCAAAGAGUGGUUUUAUGGUGAUAUUGAUCGAGCUACUGCUGAAGAUAAAUUGAAAAGAAUUCCACGUGAUGGUGCCUUUUUGGUGAGAAGAAGUGAAACAGACCAGUAUGCAUUUGUGAUAUCCUUCAGGUGUGAAGGUAAAAUAAAGCACUGCCGAAUUAAACAAGAGGGUCGCCUCUUCACAAUCGGUACCGCACAAUUUGAGAGUUUACUCAACCUGAUAAAAUAUCAUGAAAAAAAUCCUCUCUACAAGAAAAUGAGGCUUAGGUACCCAGUCACGGACCAGUUAAUCAUGAGAAUGGGUAUUGCACCAAAUGCUGGUUCAAUGCAUCAAGAUCUCUAUGUUAAUCCCAAUGAUUUUACUUCAAAGGUGAAAGUAAAAGCUAUCCAAGACUACCAAGCCAAGCGACCUGAUGAAUUGUCAUUCCGAAGAGGGUCCAUUGUGAAUAAUGUCCAUAAACAAGAAGGGGGAUGGUGGCGAGGGGAUUAUGGCACUGACAAACAGCAUUGGUUCCCUGCCAAUUAUGUUGAAGAAAUUGAUGGUGCUGAUGAUGCAGGGGACACUUCUGAUCUCGGUUCUUUACAGAAAGGAUCCAUAGAUUUAAAGAACAGUAUUAUAGAGAAUGUGACUGGUCCUACCAACCUGUUUGUCUUUAGAAUUUAUAAUUGCUACCAGAAUAGUCCACUAGAAAUUGGUUGUGAAACUUCAAAUGACUUUGUGGAAUGGUUCAGUGCCAUAAGCAAGUGCAUCGCUUCUGCCAAUGAACGGGUAAAUCAUGGAUUGCAAUUAGAACGAACCAAACAUAUUGCUCAGGAAUUUUCUGACCUCAUUGUCUACUGUCAAGCUGUUCCUUACAAAUUUGGUAAUUACUAUGAAAUGUCUUCCCUGCCGGAAACAAAAGCUGAGAAGAUGACCAAGAAAGAAGCAAAAUUAUUUGCCAAAUAUAACAGAAAUCAACUUAGCCGAAUCUAUCCAGGACGGCACCGGGUUGACUCCUCCAAUUUCUAUCCUGUUCCAAUGUGGUGCUGUGGAUCCCAAAUGCUUGCCCUAAAUUAUCAGACUGGAGACCGAAGCAUGCAUUUACAUCACAGCCGGUUUGCCAUGAACGGCCAAUGUGGUUAUAUAUUACAACCGGAAUGUAUGAGGGCUGAGGACUACGAUCCUUUCAAUGUCGAGACAAUGAAAGGAAUUGAACCAAUGAUGUUAACGAUGACAAUAAUUGGUGCCAGGCAUUUAGUAAAGCAAGGUCGAGGCAUUGCCAGUCCACUUGUUGAGGUUGAGGUCUGUGGCCUUGACUGUGACACCCAUAAAUGGCAUUCAAGUACGAAAGUGGACAGUGGUCUAAAUCCAGUUUGGAAUGAAGUAUGUCACUUUGAUAUUGAAUGUCCUGAUCUGGCCUUAUUGCGAAUCGUUGUGCAAGUGGAAGAUAUGGUAGGAGAUCCCAGUUUUCUUGGACAGGCUGGUUUCCCUGUGCAUACAUUACGAUAUGGUUAUCGAGUUGUUCCAUUAUUGAAUGCUUAUUCAGAAGAAUUAGAGUUAGCUUCUCUUUUAAUCCAUUUUGAUAUAAGGAACACAAGAGAUAGCGAAGACCAGGAAACUUACAGUUCCAUUCAAGAAUUACAGAAACAAGCUGAUGAAUUGAAGGAGAAGCUGGAAGACGAGGAGGAUGUUAUGCAACGCGAUAUUGUUGAACAACAGCUUAAUGAGGCUAUGGAGAAGUUGCAAGCCAAAAGAGAAGAGCGCAAACAGAAGAAGCAGAGUUCCAGAUCGCAAAUUGUUUAUCGGCGGACAGCAAACAAUUAGUUGUAUAUAGGCUCACUCUCUCUUGAUUUCUUCUCUUUCUCUACUCCAUCUCUCACUAUCCCUCCCUCUCUUUCUCUCUCUCUCUCUCUCUCUCUCUUUCUCUCUCUCCUCUCUCAACCUGUUACUUUUUUUACAAAUGUUGCCUUAAUUUCCCACUGCAGGAAAUCUAAUAAUGUUAUAAUUAUCAACACCCACAGAUAAUUAUUAUUAAUAUUAUUAUGAUACUUAUUAUUAUUAUUAUUAUUAUUAUUAUUAUUAUUAAAACACACAGAAUAAAACAAUUGAUUUAAUACAUACACACAUGCAUACACACAUGCAUACACACAUACACAAAGAGAAAUAAAUUUUCCCAGGUCUCUGUUUACAUCUUUGGGUAGUUCCACUGGUUUUUUUUUACCUCAUCCUUCAUAGACUCAGGAAGUUGCGACCUUAAACACCACCACCACAACAACUGUGUUUUACCAUGAUUUGGUCUUACUAACUUUAUCAUUUUUGCUUUUAUCUCUGUCUGUCUGUCUGUCUGUCUGUCUUCCUCUCUGUCUUUUUUUUCUCAUGUUUGAAAUGCUUGUCUCUCUGUCAGUCUAUAUAACUAUUUACUUACCUAUAUAUAUCCAUCUCUCUCUCUCUCUCUCUACCUACCUUUUUAUCUUACUGUGUGUGUGGAGAGAGGGUUGUGUUUAUCUAUCUAUCUACCUGUCCAUCCAUCCCCCCUUCUCUGUCUCUCUGCCCCUCUCUCUCUCUCUCUCCUUCCUAACCAAUCUACACAAGUCUUUCUUUGCUCUUCUGAAUUUUCUUUUGAUUUUGCAGCUUUUCUUUCUGCCCCCCCCCCUUUCCUUCUUAUCUGUUACCAUAUUCGGUGUAUUAAUGUUGUUCCUGUCAAGCAAAGGAGUCAAUAUUAGAUUGAUGAGAAGACACAGGAAUGAUGGACACACAGACACACACACACACACACACAAAAAAACAACAAACAACAAAAAGUCCCUAAAUCAAAUAAGAAUCCGGGUGAGUGACUGGCAUGGUGGUGGUGGUGGUGGUGGGACAGCUGUUUUGUACUUAAAAUGGUGAGAAAAGAAAAGAAAAAAGAAGGAACACAUUAUGUAUCACAAACAACUCUGAAAAGACAAACACACACAUACACACACACAUCCAUAUAUAUAUGUGUGUGUGAGUGUGAGUGUACCAACAUAUUAACACAAAUAUAUAACAAGUACAUACUACAUUCAUGUAUAGUAAGGACACGUAUAAAGACAGUGCUCCAGCACGGUCUUAACUGUGAUGGCUAAAAUGAACUAAACACACAGACAUUAAUUUAGGAAGGCAUAGAAAAUGCACACGUGUGUGUGAAACGCUUGUAGCAUACAUACGCGUACACAUACACCCCCCCACACACACACACACACACAGACACAUGUGUAAGUAUAUGUAACAUGUCAUCUUAACAUCCGACCUUUGAACUAUCUUUGACUUCAGAAAGGAAAUUCAGUUUUCUUGGAUCUUACCUCAAGAUCACCACUGACAGUUUUUUUAUUUAAAAAAAAAAAGAAAAAAGAAAAAAAAAAUUACUUAAAGAAAAUUUAAAAGAAAAAGAAAUUAAAGGAAAAAAACAAGAAUAAAGAAAAUAAACUGUAAAAGGGGAAAAAAAAGUCUCCAAUUUCUACAGAAUUUAUUUUUUGCCAAAUUAUCCAUUUUAAGAAAUGUUUUGUUUUAAAAUAAUUUAAUAUAAAAAAAAUAACAUCAAAUUUGAAAUAUAUACUGAAUGAAAUGAAACAAAAUGAAAAAGAGAAUCAAAAAUUCAAAAUAA